UGGUGAGCGCUCAGGGACUCCAGGCCAAAGACAGGACGGGCUCCAGCGAUCCGUAUGUCACCAUCCAGGUGGGGAAGACCAAGAAGAGAACAAAGACCAUCUACGGCAACCUGAACCCAGUCUGGGAGGAAAAGUUCAGCUUCGAGUGUCACAAUUCGUCAGACCGGAUCAAGCUCCGGGUUUGGGACGAGGACGACGACAUCAAGUCGCGAGUGAAACAGCGUCUGAAGAGGGAGUCCGACGACUUCCUGGGUCAGAGCAUCAUCGAGGUCCGAACGCUGAGCGGAGAGAUGGACGUCUGGUACAACCUGG